AAGUCCACAAUUCAAAUCUGUAACACAUGAAUGGCGAGAACAACAACUCCAAGUGGUAGUUAGGACGGCUCAAACGUCACCGCCAUCCCGCCACAAACUUCCCUCCUCCGACCACCACCACCGACAUCUCCGACCAAAUCAUAUGAUCCAAACAAACAUGUCAUAUAUAAUCAAAAAGAUUCUAGAAUCUGCAAAUCUUUUUAAUUCAACCAACCCCACAUCAACUUCAACUUCAUCAAACAUUUCAAAUUCAAAUUCAAACAACAAUGAAUCUUUGUCUGAUCGAAUUGUUGUUUGUGGGUCAUCAACAGGAGAAUUCGACCGAAUUCCGGUUGAUGUGUUUAUGCAAAUACUGAAAUUGUUGGGACCAAAAGAAGCUGCUAAGCUUACUGUGAUUUGUAAGUCAUGGAAAUUGAUAGUUUCAGAUAAUAUGUUUUGGAUUUCUUAUUUGCAGAAGUUGGAGGGUCCUUGGGAUUCUAUGUUUUUCGCAGAAACUAGUCUGCGGUCUGGGUAUCCUCUUCGAACAUAUCCUUCUCAGAUGCAAUCAUUUAUGCAAAUUUAUGGUCAACGAGCACGGGUUCCUGGAGCUAUUAUCGUUGACGGUGGUUCUGGCUAUUGCAAAUUUGGUUGGAGCAAAUACGACUCUCCAUCUGGGCGUGCUGCAACAUUUUUGGAAUUUGGUAACCUCGAGUCUCCAAUGUACUCCAGGCUUCGUCACUUUUUUGCGACAAUAUAUAGCAGGAUGCAGGUGAAAUCAUCUACACAGCCAACAGUUCUCUCGAUUCCAAUUAUCCAUUAUGAAGAUACACAAGCAGCAAAAACUGCUAGACGGCGACUAAAAGAGGCCAUCUAUUUGGCAAUGUUUGACAUGAAUGUUCCUUCAGUCUGUGCAGUCAGCCAGGCGACUUUAGCUUUAUUUGCGGCAAGAAAAACAUCAGGAAUUCUUGUCAAUAUCGGAUUUAAUCAGACAACUGUCGUGCCAAUUUUACAUGGUAAGAUAAUGUACAAAGUGGGUGUGGAAGCAAUGGGAGUUGGAGCUUUGAAGCUUACUGGAUACCUUAGGGAGCAGAUGCAGCAGAGAAAUCUACAUUUUUCUUCAUUGUACACAGUGCGCACAUUAAAAGAGAACCUUUGUUAUGUUGCUAUUGACUAUGAAGCUGAAUUGCGGAAGGUUACAGAAGCAUCAUAUGAAGUUCCCGUUGAAGGUUGGUUUACUCUUAAGCAGGAGCGUUAUCGAACAGGAGAGAUUUUAUUCCAGCCACACAUUGCAGGAUUGAAUGCAAUGGGUUUGCAUCAAGCAGUGCAACUUUGCAUUGAACGUUGCCAUGUGGCAGGACUGACCCCUGAUGACUCUUGGUUCAAGACCGUUGUCUUGGCUGGAGGCAGUGCGUGUUUACCAGGGCUAGUAGAAAGAUUAGAGAAAGAACUGCGUGCUGCUCUUCCUCCAUCUGUAUCCAAUGGAUUACGAGUCAUUCCACCUCCAUAUGGUGCAGAUUCAGCAUGGUAUGGGGCAAAGCUUCUCAGCAAUUUGAGCACCUUUCCGGAUUCUUGGUGCAUCGACAAAAGGGAUUUUCGACCCAAGUCCAGAAGAAACUUCUUAUGGUGAAGUUCGAUUGUUUUCUGAGUCAGAAGUUUCAGGAUCAUUGUCCGUAAUCCUGGCUUCUUAAAUCUUAACAUUAAUUAAGUUACAACACAUCAUAAGCCACUAUAGGCAAUAAAGGGUCAUGUUAUGUAAUUAUUGACUUGUGCAGCCUGUGUAUCAUAAAUUCAUAAUACGCCUGUUAUGGGUAAUGCAACUCUGUAAUAAUAAGCCUUCCAUAGACAAAUAAAUUUUGAUGAA